UUGAAAUAUUCUUCAACGAAAUAUUAAUAUCGGCAAAAAUGCUGAAAAGAAAAUUACAAAAACAAGCAAAAGCUAAAGAAAAUAAAACUUUGAAAAAUGAUGCUGCUGAUGAGAGUAAAACCUCUUCUUUGUUUGCUAAACCAUUUUGGCAAAAAUUCUAUGAAAUUGAAUUAGAAUUAAAUGAAAAACUGUCCAAAAUGACAAAACCGCCUGCUAUACAAUAUAUUUAUAACCCUGUUGAAUAUGCCAAAGAAGUGCACUGCGAGUAUUUAAAAAAAUAUUUAAAUGGUUGCAAAAAGGUUCUAUUCGUCGGCAUGAAUCCUGGCGCGAAUGGAAUGGGACAAACCGGUGUUCCUUUUGGCAAUAUAACUACAGUUAAAUACAUAAUGCAACUUUCUGGCCUUGUAGAGCAGCCCAACGGAACACACCCCAAAAGACCUGUAAAUGGCUUACAACAUACUACCGAAGAACCUAGUGGAAAACGUUUAUGGCCAUUACUUGAAAAACUAGCUGACGGUUCAUUGGAUACUUUUUUCAAGCAAUGUUUUGUGUACAAUUUCUGUCCCCUAAUAUAUUUUGAUAAACAUGGUAAAAAUAUAACACCUAAUGAACUGAAAGGAGAUUACAAACAAGAAAUAUUACACGUUUGUUUGGAGACAUUGGAAUCUUUAGUACAAUUAGUGAACUGCGAAAUUAUAGUAGCUGUAGGCGAUUACGUAUUCCAAUGUUUAAAAAAAUCCGAAAAUUGCCAAAACAAACGUAUUAUGAAAUUGCCGCACCCGAGUCCAAGAGCCGUUGGUAAUCAAAAUUGGCCAGAAAAGGCUGAGAUAUGGUUUCACAACGAACAACUGUUGCCAUAUAUACGUGGAGAACUGUAA